AUGAAAAGUAAAUCGAGCGAGGAUGUUGAUGCGAAUUUUGUAUUUGAUGAGAAGGAGGAGGAAAUAGUAGAAGGUGUUGACAACAAUACUGCAUCAUCAUCAACAAGAACAGGCAGUAGUAGCAGGUUCUUCUCUUCCAUGUUUUCAGCUGGAAGGAACGAAAACAAAAACAAGAAUGGUCCAGAGAAGGUAGCAUCCUCUGUUUUGAAUAGUUUUGAGAAGGAAAGAGAAUGGGGAAUAUUCUGUAUGGAAAACAAAACCGAUAAACCAAUUUAUUGGGGUGUUAAAGGUCUUCACAUUCACUGGAAAAAGGAAAAUAGCCCGCUUAUUUUGAAUAGCAAAACUAGUGCUCCAUGUGAUUACCCUCCUGCCUACUAUUUCUAUAAUCAACCUACUGAAAAACAAUCACAAAACUCGAAAUUUAAAAGUCAUAGACACUUUUGCUUUUCCUCAUGUCACACGGUUGACCUAACAAAUGAAGGUCUCCCUGAUUGGAAUAAUAUUAUCAAGUACAAAAUAGAACCAAACACAUUUUGUUUGGGACGAUUUCCUUUUCAUACAUAUUCAGACUACUUUAUUCUAGUUGUUGGGUUGUAUGAUUCAGAAAUGAACUCUUCUACAAAUACUACACCUCCUACAAAUGACAAACAAGAGACUAUAUUCUCUAAAUAUUUUGGAAAUGCAAGAAAUUCAUACAAUGGAAAUAAUUUACCCAAAACACAAACUUCAGUGGAACUGUUUGACGAGAAUGAGGAAUCUUCUGAUAAAAAUAAGGAAAAACAAGACAAGACAACAAAAAGGAAACAAUCACCAUUUCACUGUAAGGCCUAUUUUAUUGAGCAUUUUCACAAUAAGGAUGUUAUUCUCGGAGCUAAUGUAAACAAGUCACUCUUUCUUUUUAGUGAUUAUUCUACAUUUACAUUGGAACCAAUUACUUACAGAUUUUUCCCAAAUUAUAGACCAUGCGAAAACACAUCAAUUGAUGCUAUCAAACUUUCGAACAAUAUUUAUUAUGAUGAAAUUAGAGAAAUAUCCAUUAGGAAGGGCCACAAGAAAAAGGUUAGUGAGGCAAGUUCGAGAAAUGCCCUCCAAUUUCAUGGUCUUCAAAUGUAUGAAGACGAAUCAACAAACACACUCCGUGAAAGUAUUUUAUUCUUCUUCCUUUUUUUAAGAAAGUUGGACGAAAGAUUGAACAUUUUACUGUUGCUGGAUAUUUCUGAAAUAGAACAAAAUGAUCAGUACUUGGGAGGAAAUUUGAUGGAAUAUCUUAUGAAAUUCCUCAUUGGUUCAACUACUAUUGCUCACACAGAAAGUCAAAAAGGAUAUCUUAUUCAAUGGUUUCAAUCUUGUGUGAAAUUGAUAGGAUAUAAUAUUGAGCGAGUGGAUGAAGAAAAUAGAUAUGUUUUAUUCAGAAGAGAUGAUGUAUGCUGCCGAUCUUUCAGCAUGUAUAAAUUCAAAGAAACUAGUACCGAAACAGAAGACUUUUUCAAGAAUGAAGAAGAUGAAGAGUUAUUAAAACAAACGAUAGAACCUCACUCAAAUGUAGAUGGGGUAAUAGUUUUAUCCACUGUUGGUAACAAGAUGGAAAAAGGAUUGAAGGACAAGCUAAAGCUUUUGGAAGGUUUUCCAACACUCUUUGUUUUGCAUGGUCUUGAUAAAUGCACCGAUAUUUAUGAUGCCAUCAAACGAAAAGAAGAUGCUGAAAUAGAAAUUUCAAGCCUCUACUCAAACUCUAAACCAUUCAUAGUUCAACACAAAUCAGGAAUGACAAAAUCUCAAACAGCUUCCACAGAACUUAUACUUUCUCAAUUCUUUAGAGAGGUCAUUGAUGUGGCUUUAGAACGGGUUACAGUCCAACAUCCAAAACAAGAUUCGUCGACCUCUAUUAAUACUGUAAUGAAACUUUUUUCCAAUUCUGAAGUCAAGAUUGAAAUUAAGGAUCUUCAGGAGUAUGAACAAAAAAGAAAUAUUUGGUUCUUUGGUUUGGAUAACGAAAGAGAAACAGUAUCAGUUGCAGUCAAUAGCUUUUAUUCUGCCAAGUCAUAUCUAGAGUCGAAGGCCAAAAAGAAUCAAAAACAAACCAACAAUAUUCUAAUUUGUGUGAGAAAUAGAGAGCAAUUCAUGAAUGGAAAAGAUAUUAUACCAGAAAAGAAAAUUCAAUCCGUUAACAAUUAUGUUGUAGUCAGAAGGACCAUCACAGAUCUUUGGACAGGAAUGAAUGCUCCAACAAAAAGAAGAAGAAGCACAGAUAGCAAUCAAUCAUCUAUGAAAAAGUCCCAGAGCUAUGGAACCCUUCAAUCUUUAUCAAGGAAAGAAAGGGCUAAAAAAUUGAAAAUUUUCAGAACAUCAGUAGAGGCUCCUCAACUAUUGCCAUUACCCAAUGAUAAGGGAAUAUUUGAAAUUCAAAAUAAUGAUGACAGUGAAUCAGAUACAGAGACUAGUACAAUAAGCAACACUUCAGCCUCAUUUACUCAAAACCUUGAGAGCAGUGAUGAUGAAUUUGAUGAAAAUGCAAUUGUCCUUGUGAAGAAUGAUUCGGAAGAGGAGGAUAAAAAGCCAGAAGAUAUUAAUCUGAAACAAAACGUAAAUAAUGAAAAGAAGACAUCAUGCUAUCCUAUACAAAAGGGUGACGUAGUAGUUCUUUGUUUGGAGUUAUCUGGCAGAAUACUCAUCACUGGAGAGAAUGGAGUUUAUUCUAGAUUCAUUCAGGAAAUUCUAACUUAUACAGACAAGAUUGUACUCUUUGUUGAAAGAAUGGAUAGAAGAGAGUUCAAUCAACCAGCCACUAUCAGGUUGAAAUCAAAUGCCAUGUCAAAAAAACUAUGUUGUAUAUUUGGUGAUGAGGAAGAUAUGAAACUGGACGAAGAGCUUUGUCAAUCACAAGAUAUGAAAAAUCUCAAGUACAGAUGUUACUAUUUCAGUGAGAGAACAGAGGACAAGAACCUAGUAAGAAAGUUCUGGGAAAGUAAGGAUGAUGCUAUCAAACAUUUCUCAAAGGAUAUGAGUUGUCCUGCUUGCGAGAAACCCCUUUCUUCAAGGGACAUUCGGCAAGUGGAGUUGAGUAAGGCUAAUAUUGAAGAAAAAACUAUGUGCCUUUGUGGAUUCCCACCUGAAGUUGUUCUUGAGGCUGCACAAUCAGCCUUAAAAUUCUGGGACAACCAACGACAAGUUGAAAUUAAAUACCAAGAGUAUCUUCACAAGGAAACAAUAUCCAAAGCAUCACAAAUGGAAAAAUCUUACUCUGAUAAACUGAAUGAAACCAAGCAAAAGUAUCAAUCAAUUGCCGAAAAGCUACAACACAGUGAGGAACAACAAGAAAUUACCAAGAGGGAAUUUCAAACCAUUCAAGAAAAGUACUCUGAAAAGGUCAGAGAAAGAAACAAACUCCAAGAAUUGUACAAUUCCCUUAAACGAAGAUAUGAUCAAACUCGGGAUUCAUCAGGAAGAGCACCUUCUCCAGUUGAUUUAGAUCCUUCAGUUUCUCCUUCAUUCAAAGAGAAUCAAGAAAAUCCACCUGUAUCUUUAUUGUUCAGAAAGGAGAGUUCUGCAGGAAGACCUUCCAAUGUUUUGGAUUUCAGAUUGUCCAAAUCACCUACCAACAACAGUAACAAUAGUAAGGAAAAUAGAACAACAAUAGGUAGCAAUUUGUUGGGUAAAUCAAACUCUGUUCCUUCAAGUAAGUAUUCAAAUUGA